UGGGGCGAAUAAUCCAGCGGCGCACGAUAGCAAAGAUGGCGUACUGAGCACGUAGAAUCCAGCGGCGCACAUUAGCAACGACGGCGCACGGAAUAGAAAAGGCAAAAAAGAAAAAAACUCCUCCCAACCGCAGGUAGCUCUCAGCAGCUCCUCCGACAGUUGGAAAAUGUGGAGGAUGAGCUGCCCGUACUGCUCUGGUGCGCAGGGGAGGUGCGUGAGCACCCCCUGGGGAAGGUCAGUGACGGAGUGCAGCUCGUGCGGUCGAGUGGUGGAGGAGCGCCAAUCCCAACCGCACGAUCUCUUCCUCCUCCGAGCCGUAGAUUCCCCUCUCUCCCUCGUCACCCCCGACCUCUUCCUGGGCCCACAGGCCCACCAAAAAGCCCAAGGCAUCGCCACUGUCAAAGAAGAAGAAGAAGAAGAAGAUCCCUUCGAGCCCACCGGCUUCAUCACCGCCUUCUCCACCUGGUCCCUCGAGCACACCCCAAUCUUCGCUUCCUCCUCUCUCUCCUUCUCUGGCCACCUCGCCGAGCUUGAGCGCUCCCUUCUCGACUCUUCCUCCCAAAACCCCAACCCCAAUUCGUCACCUGCGCCGGCACCGGGCACGGGCCCUGUCGUUGUCGUCGACAAUCUCCGGGCCUACCUCCAGAUUGUGGAUGUCGCGUCCAUCCUGGGCGUUGACCGCGACAUCUCCGACCACGCAUUCCAGCUCUUCCGCAACUGCUCCUCCACCACCUGUUUGAGAAACCGCAGUGUUGAGGCGCUCGCCACCGCUGCCCUCGUGCAGGCUAUCCGUGAGGCCCAGGAGCCCAGGACGCUGCAGGAAAUCUCGACUGCAGCCAACCUUCCUCAGAAGGAGAUUGGAAAGUACAUCAAAAUACUCGGUGAAGCCCUACAACUAAGCCAACCCAUUAACAGCAAUUCCAUAUCGGUUCACAUGCCGAGGUUCUGCACUCUCCUUCAACUCAACAAGUCUGCUCAGGAACUUGCUACGCACAUUGGAGAAGUUGUAAUCAACAAAUGCUUCUGCACGCGUAGGAACCCUAUUAGUAUAUCUGCGGCUGCCAUAUAUCUCGCGUGCCAGCUAGAAGACAAACGCAAAACCCAGGCUGAGAUCUGCAAAGUAACAGGUCUCACUGAAGUUACUCUUCGUAAAGUGUACAAAGAGCUUCUAGAGAAUUGGGACGAUCUGCUCCCGCCCAAUUACACACCUGCCGUUCCUCCUGAGAAGGCAUUCCCCAUGACAACGAUCGCUUCAGGCCGUUCUUCGAAUCCUAGAGUUGACACCACUGAGAUUCCUUCUUCUUCAGCUGUUCAACAAGAUAAAGAAAAACAGCCGGAAGUUAUGAAACCAUGUAAAAUGGCAGAAGUUUCUGAGAUGGAAUCUCAGGCCAGAGGCAAAGAGGAGGUGAACAGGAAAAGCAACUCCCGUGGCCCACCUUUGGUGCCAUAUGGAGUAGCGAAUAUGGAUCACCAGGUCCUGAAUCGAGGGGCCUACAGGCUGCCCCAGCACCAGCACAUGUUUGGCUUCCCUCCCUUCAGGCCAGAAGGAGAGAAAAUUCAGAAGCACGAUGGAGGCAUUGACAUUAAUGAGACUCUCUCUGAAACGAUGGAUUUCAAUCAGAGGGUUGAAAUAGACCCAAAGAGUAGUGCUGCUCAAAAGGUAUCUCAGUUUUCUGGUUCGUCAUCUUCAAACGAGAGGCAAAAUCCAUGGCCGUUUCAUCAUCGUGGGAUGCUUGCAUCUGGGCCUUCUCAUGUUCGGUUCAUGCAGCCACAGAUGGCGUCAGGUUCAGGACUUCAAGGAAUCUGGUAUCCAAACAGAGCGGAGAAGGCGGAUCUGUCUAGGGAAACAGAUGGGUCAUAGUCUUCAUGGGCACAGGCCCCUAUCGGAUGAAAGAAAUCCCACAUAUAAUUACCAUUUGAUUUCUCCAAUGGUCACUGAUAGCUGGAAUUUGCGAGAUCAAGGUUUCCAGUGGUGUUUUAAGGGGGCUCAACUGUAUAUCUUGCAGGUUCUUGGCUUGUUUGGUUCUUUGAUCUCAGUCACCCAUGUGAUCUUUUAUGGUAAUUGGCUGCAGAAAAAUGCUAAUAUCUGUAUAUUAUCUUGAAAAAAAGGGAAAAGGUUGGAAGAUUGCUCUAACCACUAGUGUUUAAAGCAGUGAAUCUGCACGGCAUUGAACAUCGAGGUCUCAGGGCCCCUCUACACUGAUAUGCGCAAGGCACUGCGGUGUCUUGUGAAUUCAGUUUUCAUUUCU